AGCGGCGGGGCGGCCAUGGCGGCGGCGCGGCGGGUGCAGCUCCUGGGGCUGCUGCUGCUGCUGCUGCUGCUGCUGCUCGGAGCGGCGGGGCCCGGCGCUCGGGCCGCUCGGAGCCGCGGGGCCGACCGCCAGAACAGCCUCCGCCGCGCCGCCAGCGGCCUCUACCAGGGCGUCAGCGGCCUCUUCGGCGAGGACAACGUGCGGGCCCUGCAGAAGUUUUUCUCAAGGUUGACAGAGAGGUUUGUGAAUGGGGUGGAUGUAUUAAUGGACACAUUCUGGAGAAUAUGGACUGAUUUGUUAGAUGUUCUUGGAAUUGAUGCCUCCAACCUGACUCAUUAUUUCAGCCCAGCAGCGAUUGCCAACAACCCGACCCGCGCCCUCCUGCUGAUCGGUGCCAUUUUACUGGCCUAUUGGUUUCUAUCUCUCUUCCUCGGAUUCUUCUUCUAUCUCCUGCACAUGCUGUUUGGCCGCUUCUUCUGGAUCGCCAGGGUGGCCCUGUUCACCCUGUCAUGUGUCUACAUCCUGCAGAAAUAYGAGGGUGACCCCGAGCACGCCGUGCUGCCGCUCUGCUUCGUCGUGGCCGUCUACUUCAUGACGGGGCCCGUUGGAUUUUACUGGAGAAGAAACAGCAACAGCAGCCUGGAGGAGAAGAUGGACCACCUGGAUAGUCAGAUCAGACUGCUGAACAUCCGCCUUUCCAGGGUGAUUGAGAACCUGGACAGGGGCAGUGAGCAAUAAACCGGCCCCUACAGACCACUGUACACCAGCUCCGGAGAAUUCCUAAGCACUGUCUCAUCCGAAGUUACAAAGCAACAAAAACAUCACAUGGUAAAAAGUGUGCAAAGUUAUAACUUUUCAUCAUGUGUAAGACUAAUUUAUCUAGAUUAAACACUCAGCCAUUUAGACUUCUAGGAGAAAGAGAAGCAUUUACAAAAAUUCAGCUGUAUAUUCAGAGUUUUAUCCAGUACUAGAAUUUUCUCAGUAGAUAAACGCUUACUUUUACAAGCAUUUAAAAACGUCUUUUGUAAAGUUUUUAUAAAAGCAAAUUGAGUAGUCUUUCAGAUAUUGAAAUUGAGUUAAACAUAUGCAAAUUUGACACUUUAAAAGUUAAAAAGAAAAAAAAAUAUCUCAAGCUACCAAGCACUUCCAUUGAGAAGUAACUGCUGUGGGUCCAUAUUUUUUCUUCAGAGUUGUGAAUGUUUUUGUGUUUUUGUUGGCUUAUUUCAUUGCCUUGAAGUUGCCUUUCAUAGAGUAUCAGAUGAGGAAUUUUCUGGUAUCCAGGCCAAAAAAUUCACACCAUAGCUUUUAACAGGAGGUGGGGAAUGAGGGAGAAGGAAGAUUUGAAGUCCUUAAAUGCCAGUCCAGUGAGGAAGCGCACGUGUGGCAUUUUACCAUUGCACAUCAUCUCGAGAACUUUAAUUUGUUAGUGUUUGGAAGGAAAUCUGGUUUAAUAAAUUGGCACAGAAGGAAGAUGUAGUGUGACAAAUUGUCAUUCAUAUCUGAUCUGCACAGUAAAGCAUUUAAAAAGCAUAAGUGCAUAGAGUAAACCAUGAUUUUUAUUCUCAGGACCCACGUACUUUCUCAGAAAAGGCAGCAGUUAAAACACGUGCAGAUGUAUUGUUGCUUAAAGCUUUCUCAGGACCAAUAAGCGGCAAUAAAUUAUCUUCAGGAAGAUCUGGAUUUUUUUCUAAAAUUACAAUAGUUUUAUAGGAGCUUUUUGCUUGAAGUCUGUGUCCUCAUUAGGUUUUGGGGAAAGUGAGUCACCUUUAAGAGGAGGGUGUAGGAAACGGUUCUCUUUCAAAGCAGAGGAGCUUUGAAGCAAUUUUAUUUUGCAGGAUUUCUGUAUUUGUAACUUAGAACUAACGAGCCUGGUAGGGUAUCACUGGCUGUGCAGGUUUACUGAAACACACUGAAACAAAGGUAACCUCAGGGAAGGAAGUCUGGAAUGUGAUUUAACCUGGAAACAAUAWCCAAGGAUACAGAUGUGUGGAGGGAGGGGAAGCAUCUGACCCCUGGUGAUGAGCACAGUUCUGAUACMGUGAGGGGUAGGAUGGAGCACAGCUGAAGCACUCCAUGCUCCAAAGGGUCCAAAUGAACAACUCCACUAAAAAGCGCAACAAAAAUUGGUCUGUGAUGGGCCUGGCUACAAAGCAAGGGAACAAGAGGAGGAGGAGGAGUUCCCCAGGUGUGCCUGCCAGUGCCAGCUCUGGUGGGACAGGCUGCACCCCCUGAGCACAGCUCCUGUCCCACUGCGUAGAGCUUUCAGUGGAUGUGAUGCUUAACUGAAUGUAACUGUGGGGCGAAUUUAUUUUUCUCUUUAUGCUGAAGUUUAAUGUUCUUAAAAUGUGUGUGUUACUUGCCUAACCUCUUUGGGUCUGAAUGUGACAUUUCCAUGGGGGUUAUUUUUAAAUCCAUGUUAAUGGCCUUUACUMUGAACGGUGAUCACUUUGGUUCAACACGGUUGAAAUUCAUAUGCACUUGGCACGGUUGGAAUCYAUUUUAAUUUUUUAUGUCACUUGUAAAUCCCUCUGCACCCCAUUUAUCAASAAGUACACAGUUUAGAGUUGUUAAAUAACCGGUUAUCACAAUUUAAAAUCUUUCCUGUGAACAAAUAGGGACUAUAGCAACAAACAGUCCAACUUGCCAAGCUGAAAGUGGCAAUUACAGUGUAUUCCUUUUUCCAGCUCAUUUUUCACAGUAUUACAGAGUCUUCCCUGUCAACUCAGUUCUCCCUAUUGUGCACAGAGGACUGGGCUAAAACACCAACCUGGCAAUUAGGAAUUGACUAGUAAAGCUUGUCAGGUCUCGAUGUGUUUUGUCAAAUUUGAGACCUGAGGACCAAAGUUUGCAAACUCAGCGGCUCCAUCGCCUUCUUAGGAUGAUGUGCAUGGGUCAGUUUGCAUAGAUUGUAUUUUGUGUAAUCCAUAUUUAACGUUGAAGUUGAAAGUACUGAAUCAUUUAUAUAUUAAGAGUUGUCUAUGAUAAAGAUUUCUUUAAAGUAUUAUAUGAAAGUUAAUUUGGGUUAUAGUUUCUCCCUGUCUUGCCCUAAUCAKUUAUCUUAGUUUUGUAAAAUCAGCCCUCCUAUAUUAAUACUCCUGAUUUUGAUCACCCUGCUGCUUGAAAAAUGGUAUUUUUAUAUUUACUUGCAUCCCAUGUAUAGCAAAACAUUAUGUGAAAAGCAGUAUAUAUAAAAUUGGGUAUUUUUAAUCAGUAUUUUUCCCAGCACUCAGUUUUCACAUUAGUCAAAUUCAGAAGUAAUGAUUUUUUUAAAGCACAAUCUAAUCUUCAAUAUAUAUAUAUAAAUAUAUACUUUAAAAAUGCUCUGUAUUUUUAAACAUGCACUGUAGUGAAAGCGCUUUUGGAACAUGAAUGUGGUAUUGUAUUYAAUCUCUUUCAACUUUUGUAAAUACCUUUUACAAGUAUUUUCCAUACCGGGCCAUCUAGUUWCUCCAUGGAGGUUUUUGCUGUUUUUUAGAACCCGUGCUGG